AUACGCCUAUACGCACCUAUAAAUAUAAUAUAAAUAAACGAUAUGUCAUAUACAGUGGAUGAUUUGAAAGCCAAGAUUACCGAAAAUAUUGACAAAUUAGAUUAUCCAGCUGCCCUUUUGUUUUGUCAAAAGGGGUUACAACUUGAACCGAGAAAUGCAGAAUUAUUAGAAAUGACAGCACAAGUUGAACUUGAACUAGAACAAUUUGAAGCAGCACACAAGCAUUUAUUACAGUCUAUUGAAGUUGCACCUAAUGAAGGAUACAGCAAAUACAUGUAUCUAGGACAAAUGUUAACUGAAAAGGAUGCUAUUCAAGCUUUUCAAAAAGGCGUGGAUCUGAUGGUAGUCGAAAAAAGCAAAAUUCAAGAUACAACAUCGGACGAAGCCAAGUUUUUAGCUUCAAAAAUAUCAAGCGCUUUAUGCUCCAUGACUGAGAUCUAUUUAACAGAUUGUUGUUUUGAGCCUGAAGCCGAAUCAAAAUGUGAAGAAUACUUGAGUCAAGCACAACAGGUGGAUCCUGAAAAUCCUGAAGUAUAUCAGUUAUUAGCUUCGGUCCGAUUAAGUCAGCAACGUAAUGAAGAGGCAGCAGCUGCAUUAAAUAGAAGUAUGGAGCUAUGGAUAGAUAAAGAACCUGGAGAUGCUGCGAUACCCAUUUAUGAUACAAGAUUAGCAUUGGUGAAAUUACUAUUGGAAGUUGGCAUGUUUGAGCAUGCAUUUACAGUGCUGGAAAAUUUGCAAAAGGAAAACGAUGAAGUAGUUGACUUGUGGUAUCUUUAUGGUUGGACAUACUACUGUUUAGGAGAUGAAGAGGGACGAACAGAGGAAGAGAGGAUCACGUUAUGGAGUGAUGCUAGAGACUGCUUAGAGACAGCUGUUAAAUUAUUUCAAGUGAUUGGAUCUGAUGAUGUGGCCAUGUUUGAACAUUCAAAAGAACUUAUUCAAUCCAUAAAUCAAAUUGUCCCUGAAACAGUAGAAGAGCCUGAAGAAGAAGUUAAUGAAGAAUUAGAAAUCGAAUCUGAAGAUGAAGAUGCCAUGGAGGAGUGAUAACAGUCAUUUAGACAUGUAGAGAAGGCAAUAAACUGUACCUUUAAUAAUUAUUAAGAACAAACACAUAUCGUCAGCAUGUUUUAGAUCUCUUUAUGGUUGCUUAUUUUUCACACUCUUUUAUGAAUACACAACAAAGGAUACUAACCAAC